AUGUAUAAAACGAAUCUGAUCAUGUUAGGUAAGCGUGGCUUACAUUAUAGCACGGCUCAAUUCAAAACGAAAAUUAAGCCAAAGAGGUGGAUCCCUUAUUCGAUAUUUGGUGUCAGCUUCUUUACUGGCUGGAUAUUUACACAACAAAUGACUUUUACCGAUUUAAUGGCAUACUGGCGUUAUGAUAAGUUACCGCAGGAUGCAGAAGAAGUGAGGAACUAUCAAGGUAAUCUGCUUCAACGAGCAGAACGCCUCCCUGUGGUUAGACAGUUAAAAUCUUCUGGAUAUAUCGAAGUGUUUCCAAAGAGAAGAACUGAUGAUAAAUUGAUCGAUCAGACAUUGAGUACACCAGGUGGCAUUGCAAUUUCUCCCAAGAUAUACUACAACCCAGCAAGUAAAGAAACCGUGGGUAUUUAUCAUUUGGGGAUGAAACUGACGGGAUAUCCCUUUAUAGUUCAUGGUGGCAUCUUGGCUACAGUUAUGGAAGAUUUAAUGAGGGAAAGUGUAAAGAUUAUUAAAAACAAAGAAGGUGAGAAAACCAAAGACUUGAAAGUCUCAUACAAAUUACCCACGCUUGCCAAUCAGUUUGUAGUAAUUAGGACUACAAAAAUUGAGAACAUUGGGAAAAACAUCAAAUUAAGUGUGGAUGUUAUGGAUGAAACCGGGAAUAGGAACUUGGUAAAGGGUCAAGGAAUAUUCAGUGCAUAA